UGCCUGAGGGUGGUCGCGUUCACGAGAUGACCUCCAUAGACUUUCCGCUCAACUACAUUACCUCACUCACGUUGCUCUGAUUUACCUAGGUACUUCAUCCUUAGCAUCGCAAUGCUCUCCACAAAGCCCGCCAACGAACCCGCGCCAAACCCCCCAGCCACCGCACCCCGAGCACCGCACCCAUCCUUCUUGCCCUUCCACCUCGUGCUGGGCAUAUCGAACUUCCGCGACACAGGCGGCUGGCCGGUAUCCUCUCCCGCUGACUCGCCUCGCCAUGUGCGCAAGGGGAUUCUCUACCGCGGCUCCGACACCAACCACCUCCAGCCCGACGGAGCCGCGAAGCUCAGGGCGCUAGGCAUCAAGACGGACUUCGAUCUGCGGAGCAAACAGCAGAUCGAGAAGGCAGGCGGGUAUAGAGAGAUUGAGGGGAUAGAGAGAAUAUGGGCGCCGGUGUUUAGGGAGGAGCAGUAUACGGAGGAGGCGGCGCGGAAGCGGUAUGAGCUUUAUGCUGGGGAGGGCACGGAGGGCAUAGUAACGGCCUUGGUCGAAAUCCUAACUGAAGGCGGACACAUGUUCCACACGGUGCUCACGCAUCUCCUGCGCGCCGUCACGCCCGCGGCGCCGCCGCCGGCGCUCUUCAUGCACUGUACAACGGGCAAUAAUCGAACGGGUGUGUUCAUCUCGCUGCUCCUGCUCUUGCUCCACGUGCCCGCUGAGUCGAUUGUGCACGAGUACACGUUAUCCGAACAAGGGCUCGCGCCGACGCGGCAUAUCAAUGUGGAAAGGUUGCUGAGGAAGGGAGCGUUCAAGGAGUACGGGGCUGAGGAGGCGAAGAGGAAGUGUAAGAGAAUGGUGGGAGCGCGGAGGGAGAGUAUGGAAGCGUUGCUGGGGGAGGUAGAGAAGAGAUGGGGCGGGCCGGAGGGGUACUUCAAGGACGUGGUGGGAUUGACCGAUGAGGAGAUUGAGAGGCUAAGGGAGGUGUUGACGGCGGAGGGGGAGGCAGAGGUUGACGGCGUAGCUGCGGCGAAGGUGUGACUGUAGAUCAGGGUGGAGAGCGAUAGAGAGGUGCACCUAAUACAUUAGAUUAUCAUCGCGUCGACUGACUUACAUCCGUCUGCAGAAGCAAAGAAAUCGUA